AUGGGGGCAGAGGGACCGGACCCAGCAGGGUUCUGGGACCAGCCGGAGGAAGAGAAAGAGGGGCGGCUCCCUCCCCGCCCCAGCCGCUUCUCCAGUGAAGUGAGGAGCGGUGGCUGGAGACUCCCGAAGCUCCCGCGUGGGGUUCUCGGCGCGGCCCCCCGCGCCUGCGUGGCCAGCCCUCCAUCCCGGCUUUGGCCGGCCCCUUUCUCCACCCAGAUCCUCCCCCCCCCGAGGCUCCUCCCACACUACCCCCUGGCUGGAGGCUCCUCCCAGCUCCCUGAGGCCCGAGGCUCCUCCUACCCACCUCCCGCCCUCCUCCUGUUUCUUUCACCUUCGAUUUCACUCUGGAAAGCCCUCGGGACCCAAGGGCAACCGCUGGAAGACAGCCCAGGGGGGGUAGCUGGAGUGCGCCCUGGGAGAAGGAGCUGGAAGAGAAUCGACACCACGGAGGACACGGUCGCUCGCGCCGCUGCUGCCUGGCUGCGCCUGGCACCGACUCAGCCCCAGCGCUGCGUGUGCCAAGCGCUGCCAGGCGUAAGUCCGGUCAGCUGGAGGGACUUCUGGGGACCGGGAGGGGAAGAACAGGUUUGGCGAGGGCUGCAGCCUCACUUGCCACCAACAUCGACGCGACCUCGCAUACACGCUCACACGGACUGGAUGGAAGGCGUCCAACCUGAUAAAUUAUGGUGUAGAAGAAUGGCCUGCGUAGACGAGCUCUGGGUACUAAAGUUGCGAGACCAAAGAGGACAGCGGGCUGCCUGCCACACCUCCUCCUGGCUUGGCCCCCUUCUGGCUGGGCGACGCGCGCCGUGGGACCACGAUGAGCACUACUACAGCGCCCCCUGCUGCAUGGCAACCACAAUGCUUGGAAAACAGACCUGUAGAGGGCUGACCAACCCCGCCCCCCGCCCCUCCACCCUCCGGGGGAAACACCUAACUGCAGAGCUUUCCAGGACUCUGGCAAGAAAUCGAAUCUCUUGGAUGUCUGGCAGUGGCCUGAAAAGUAGAUACGGUGGUUUGGGGUUCAGCGAAACACAGCUCCAUCUUUUCCUGAUUUCACGAAAACAAAUCUGUGUAGACACAGAUGAAAUGAUGAAUAUUUAUUAUACCUAUUUUGCCAUGCACGACAGACACAUUUUUGUUCCCUGACACAAACAUACGGGAGCAUACGGAAAACAGAGUUGUAGCUUUAAAGGCAGAGACUGAUCUUUUACCUUUUUAUUGUAACUCCAUAACCUCUGCUUACUGUUGAAAAGUUUAAAAAAUCCUGUUAGUUGACCCAUCAAGUGCCUCGGUGUCUGUAUCCCUCCACUGCAUUUACAUGUUAAUAUUGGAACCUAAAAGGAACCUAC